GAGCUGAUGUCCUAGGGAGGUUCGACUUCCGAGUCCUAGAGACUGCCAGUUCUCUGGUACCCAGAAAUCAACUUCGGAGCCUUGGCUCGUUCGAAAGUUUUGGCGGGAAACGUUGUUUUUGAAAGUCAAAGGCGACAAUUCGAUGGGGUGUCGGCGCAUAGAUUGUGACGGAAGGCAUCGCUCGCUCCCCCGGCGAGCCCUUGUUUCUGCCGAUGGCGUGUUUGAUCCAAGGAUUCAUAGCUGCCGGUUUCGUAGACUGCGGAUCGUCUGAUCUGUGCGUUGGAGAACAAGAAGCACUCCGAGCGGGUGGUGCUGUCAGUGUCCUUACAACAGCAUUAGCAUGUUACACUAGCAGCCAUGGUCGUUCAGCCGUGUGGCUUCCUCCUCCCGCCGAUCAUGGCUCAGCCAUGGAUCGAGCUCGAUGAUCUGAAUCUUGUCAGCUUCUCACCUCCUCUUCCUGAUCACCAGUCGACCCAUCUGCAAACCAAGCAAUCGGCUGAGGACGACAUGAUUACAGUCCCGGUUCUCCAAUCCGAAACCGACACGUGGCUGCUCGAACCGGACUUGUCUCGCCGUCAGUUCUGGCCGUCAGAAUCUGCCAUCCGUCAGCUAAGCCGUCGGCUGUCAGGCGCUUCUUCGACGGGGAGUCAGGCGGAAGGAGUUGUCCACGUGGCAGAGGAGCUGAUGAACGGCUGUGGCCUCAUCCACGUGCUUCCGAUCGGCUCCCUGACCGGCUGCUGUGACGCGACAGCUACCGGCUGCUGUAACCCGUCAAGCAACGGCUGCUGUAACGCGACGAGCAUCGGCUGCUCUAGCGUCGCAGCAAAUCCCGGCUGUUGUAACGGCGCCGCAAUCCCUGGCUGCUCUCUCAAACCCGAGCCAGCGGCGCAAGGUUCCACUGGAAGUGCCCUUCGUCAGCCUGAAAGGCUCAUCCUCCGUGAGUCUGCUGCUGCUGAUGAGCAUGACACGUGUCAUGGUACAGGCUCUGUUGCUGCCGAGUCUACUGAGGAGCAGGCUACAUCUGAGUCUCUUGAAGAGUCAACUCAGCAGCAGCAGGAGCAGUCAACGGAGCAGCAGGAGGAGUCGACUGAGCAGCAGCAGCAGCAGCAGCAGCAGCAGCAGCAGCAGCAGCAGCAGCAGCAGCAGUCAGUUUCGCUUAUCGUGGCGGAAUCGCCUCCGCGUUCAGGGAGCACGAGGCAAGGAAUCAGGAGUCCCAGUUGUCCGCUGACCAUGAGCCUCCGAAGCAGAACGAAGGGAAGCACCGGCGAUUCCCCGUCAGGUCCUUCACAGGGUGCUACACCCUUCGCAAUUGAUUCCACUCCAAGAACCCGCUCGAGUGAAAACCGCUCUUCAGAAGCAGUGGAGAAACGUCCCGUUAGAAGACUACGGCAACUGCUGCUUGGAGAUCCUGCAGAGAGGCCUCAGCAGCUCGAGUCAGAGGACGCAGAGAUGGCAAAACUCCAGGGUGAAGCUGAUUUGAGGAAGAGAGAGACAACACAGUCUCGCAGGUCAGCAAGCCUGAAGGGGAAAAGCCUGAAGGAGAUAGGCCUCAAGGAAGCCAGAAUCAAGACGGGAAGAGUCAAGGCGAUCAACCACGAUCUUCCAUCGCCACUGGCAAUGAAAGAGGUGAAGGAGGGCCCAACAGCGCUGGCAGUCCUCACGCAUCAGUCCCUGAACUCCCCAACGGCACGACGACCCAUCAGAUCCACGAGGAGCAAGAUUCGAUAUGCCGAGGAGGAGCUUCAGGAAACGGCUCCAGUAAAGGCUGCAAUCGAGGCUGCGGUUAAGGUCAAGCAGGAGGAGGAGCAUCAGGAAGAUGAAGAGGCUGGGGGGGGAAGAGAGUCUGCUGCUGCAGGGAAGGAGAACAUUGGCCCUUCUGCUGACCCUUCAAGUGCUGGUCAGAAGGUGGGGAGAAUGGCAGGAAGAAGUGGCAUGCUUCAGAAGAGAAGACGAUUCUCUGCUGGAUCCAGCCAGGGUCAGAACCGAGAGGUGAAGAGGAAGAGGACUUUGCCGUCUGAAGCAGUGGCUAUCAUGUGGAGAUGGAUCGAAGACAACCCUCACCGGUUGUUCCUCAACGCCAAUGAGAAGAUUGAUCUGGCGAUGCAAACUGGGCUGACGAAAAUCCAGGUGGAAAACUGGUUUUGUUACGCUAGGCGAAAGGGUCACAUGGCUAGAGGUGACUCCCUGCGAUCAGAGUCGUUUCCAGACACUGAAGAGUGACAAGUCAAGACGAUGGGAUGUGACGUGACAGGGUAGGGUACAUACACCACUAUUUUAUUACAAGUUAUCUUUUUUACAGGUGUGUAUGUUUGGGUGGAUCUGGUAUUUGCAGCUGAAUUAGAACAUACGCAACUGAUAUACUAUACAGUCUGCCAUCCCUUCGGUGUUUCUCUAACCUUGGU